UUUACCAAAUCCAAAGUGGUGACCGGGUCAAAAAAAUGUAAAAGAAAUGUCUGUAAACACGAGAAAAGCAGAAGCUAUGCGACCGGUGGGUACCAGUGAGUAGCUUAGAUAUUAUUGUUCGAGAAAAUGUGAGUUUGAUUAUCUGCUGAAAUGGAGGACAAACCACUUUUCACGCGGCCGUCGUCAACGACGGACCUGGCCGAACUGUUUUCAACAGCUGUCCUGGCUGCAAGUGGUAAAGGGAAAAAAAAUACUGCAGCUGGUCCAAUAUCCGGACGUAUUCAAGGAAAUCAACAAGGAGGUGGCACUGAUCUCCCAUCUCUUAUGUCUUUACAUCUGCGACCGACUGGGUCCUCAACUAAUGACAGUAUGAGUAACCAAGACCCAACUAACACGAAUAAUGUAAACAUGCAGCCAGAAGCGUCAAAAGUUGACGAUAGUCAGGAUUUUGAACUUCUCAAGCAAAAAAUAUUUGCUGCACGAAUGAUGGGUGCUCCCGCGUCCGUCGCAAAUGACAUUGUAAGUAGUAGCUUUCAUAUACCAGAAAGUAGCACGAGCAGUUCGUCUUUGUUUAAUUUGGGAUCCCAGCAAGGAACGUCUAGUUCUGCCUCACCGUUAGAACCGUCCCAAGCAGGCAACUUUGCAUCGUCGUUACCACCUGCACAACAGGCAAAGGCACGAAUGAUAGCCGCUGCUUUGUUUAACACUAUCAAACCGAUGUUGUCCACAAGUGCAACAACUAGUACUACAACGAAUUCAGAGCAACAGCAGUUCCCUGCAGAACUGCAGGAGACACUGGCGAAACUAAAAAGUUCCCAACAACAACAGCAACUGCAUUUACCAGCAGAGCUGCAGGACACACUAGCACAAAUCAAAGUCCAACAACAGCGUCAGCAGGAGGCAAAACUGCUGGAAGAAAAGCAAACGCUUCAAACACCGCUGCAGAAGACACUAUCCCUUCUGAAACUAGCCCAGUUACAACAGCCACCAGCUACUACAUCUCAACAGCAGCAGCAACGGAGCUUGGUUGAAAAGAUAACGGCAUUCAGUGCGGCAGGUCAAGGUCAAAAUCAACCCUCAAAAUGGUCAAAUCGUUCCCAAAAGACUGGUAAAGUUACUGGAAAAUUAGGAAAGCCAUCCAGCUCAAGCAGGCCGACCGAUAAAAUCCAGACAACCUCUAAUUUGUCAAUAUUGAAUCAGCAGUACACACCAGCGAAGAGUCCUACUGAUGUUUUUAACAUCGCUAAACAGCGAGACCCAAGGAGGUCUUCUUCUCUGGAUCGUAAUGCAGCUCUAUCAAGACCAACCUUAGCCACAGCACCUGUAGUUUUAAGUAAUAUAGAGCCUCCAAAACUGAAACUUUUGGUGAAAGCUUCUGCCUCUGUCGGCUUUCCAUCCAUACAGACAAUUGAGGUUUUAGAGUCGCUCAAGAACGACGGUUACAUCGACAGUCCACCUGGGAGUAGCACUUCAGGGAUUACCGAUCCUCCGAAAGGCAAGAUCUCAGAUAAAAACAGUACCGGCUGGCCAGGAACGUCAGUAGUGGGGACCUGGAAAACUCCGAAGCCCGUACCAAAACCCAAAGAUGUCAGACUCAAUAAAAAAGCAGUGACUAAAACUAUCAACUCUGCACAAGCCCCAAUGAGUUCCACUAAUUUUCAAAGAACUUCGCCCGGUCCGAAACAGAUGAGCUCGACCACAUACCCAGUAAAUGCUCCGCUCGAACCAAAACUGAUGACCAACACAACAUACCCUGUAAAUGCUUCGAUCGAUCCAAAACUGAUGAGCCACGCCAAGUGCCCUGUAAAUGCUCAGCUCAAUCCAAAACUUAUGAGCAACACCACGUACCCUGUGAAUCCUUUGCUCGAGCCAAAACCGAUGAGCAACACAACAUACCCUGUAAAUGCUACGUUCGAUCCACAACCGAUGAGCCAUGCCCCCUUAUACCCUGUAAAUAAGUCGAUGGAUGCCUGGCAAGACAGUGUAGAUGCCUUCCUGCAGGUGACAAAUCGCCCGGGAGGAGAAAGCAAGUGGAAGACAGCAGAAAGCAGAGGCCGUAAACGUCUUCAUGAAACUCAACCUGUUCCAACAUCGAGGGUGUUCACCCCAACUGCCCAACCAGCAGGGACUCCUUUCCUUUCAGAAACCGACACGGAAGAAACGAUCUCCAUCAUCGACCGGCGGGUUGAGCUGCUACGCAUGCAGAAGGUUCAGAUCCUUCAAGAUCAAAUGGAGGAGUUCCAUCGGGAGAUCAAGGAGUUUGAUAAGGAGUUUGAAGAAAGCCAACUGGCGUCCAAGCAGAGAAAGAAGAAAAAGACUGAUCAAGGGCCGACUAGUUAUGACAAGGAUAAAGGCAGUUACAGGCAAAAGGAAUUAGAAAAUUACCAAGAAAGAGAUGGUGAUAAACGCAGAGAAAGAGGAAUCGACGACAGACGGAGAGGAAACGAGAAAAUAAGUCCUUCCAUCUCCAAGAGAAGUUUGUCACACGACAGGGACGAGAAACGGCUGCGAUCGCCAAGCUACCACCAUGAGGAGUCCAGAAAGAGAGAGGGCUCUCGUAGAGCAUCAGCGUCUCCCAAGAGAACACGGAGCCGCAGUCGGGAAAACACCUCCAAGGAGUUGAAGGGCUCCAAAGAAGCGCCCAUGGAGAUGAGGCAAGGACGAUACCCUUCAAAGAGCGGAGAGAGACGGUCUAGCGUCAGCCCGGAGAGGAAGAGGAAAAAGAUCGACAUGAAAGGCGAGACUUUCCGAGAAGGACGUUGGCAGUUUGCUUCCAAGGUCUUCGACAGAAAACGUGGAUUCCGACUUGGAUUUGGCCGAGAGAAGAAGAAGAUAGAAAUAAGGCUCAAAAGAUAUGACACCAAGAAAGAAGAGAAAAAAGAAGCAUCUUCAAAGAGGUCUCGCAAAUCCACCAAGACGACGGACACAAGUAAUACAAAAUUAGAAGUGAAGAAAGAUAAGUCUGCCGUUAAGAAUAUGGAUAAAUCCAGUGGUGAUUCAAAAAGAAGAUCUGCUUCUAAUUCACAUCAGGAGUCAUCUGAGUUUAAGAAGAGAGAUAAUCAUCAGAAGAUAUCUACUAAUCCCGAUCCAGUAUCAAGGUCAUUCACUCAGUCAACUUCUGCCGGUGAAGAAUCAACCAAAACUUCAUCUUCAACGACUAAAAGUGAUGGCAGCAUUUUGACAUCUUCCAUUAAUAGUAGAAACUCCACAAGUUCAUCCACAAGUUUGUCCACAAGUUCAUCCACACAUUUGUCAACUACAUUGUCCACUGUAGUCAUCAGCACUGCAGCAUCACACAGCAGUAGCACAGUUUCAACCAGUAGUUCAUCAGCUCCGACUAACAGUGCAACGGCUUUGAAAUCUUCAACUAGCCAAUCCACCAAAUUGUCCACUAAAAUGUCCACUACCUCAGCAAGUAGCUCCAAAGCUGUGACUAAACCAUCGACAGCUUCAACAAACGUAUCAACAGCUUCAACCAGCUCCUCCGAGGUCAAAUCAUCAGCGAGCAGUUCAAAGACAAUCAGUAGCUCCACUACUUCCUCAACCGACUCAUCCACAACAUCAACUAAAGUCCACGUAGCAUCAACUACUACUAGCAGAGCUUCAACCAACAAACCAACUGUGGAGUCUUCAACAACUGAUGAGGAUACCAAAAACAGUGGAGUGGAGGUGUCGACAGAAGCUGAUGCUACCCUCGCUGUUCAGAUCAAAGAUUCCAGUAUUGCACACCAGCUUGGACUCUUGAAGCAGCUGCAAGUUGACAAGCAUGUCGAGGACAAGGUUCUGGUGGACUGGUUCUGCUAUGUGUGUGGGACUAUCUGUCACACAUUGAAGGUGUACACAUUACACAUAGCUGGUCAUAAGCACAAGACAAUCUAUGAGAGGCUCCUAGGGCUCUCAAGUAAGUCCGGUAUUAAGAACAGACUGAUAGCCAAGUUGCAGAUGCUACCCAUGAAGGGAACUGAACCAAUGACCAUUGCUAAUAUGGCUGGGGUGCUACGCAGAAACCUCGGCAACGCUCCCAGUGGGACAUUGUCUACCACGCUGCCAGAGUCUGAACAGAGUCUCCAAUGUGGCCAAUGCUUCCGUCCCUAUACCUGUAGCUACCAGGAACAUCUUCUAUCAGAGGAGCACAAGAAAUUUGAGAAAAUCAGACCGCGCUGUAAUGUGUGCAACAUGAUCUUCCAGAAAAUCAUACAGUAUCGGAAGCACCUCAUCUCACCCUUGCACAAAAAGAAAGCACGAGCCAUGGCUACUGGUGCUGGGAGGGUUCAGAAGACAACGAAGGACUUCACAAACAAGUCGGACAGUAGCAACAGGAAUGUCAAGCCUAGUCCCAACACUCUCUUAAUUGGAUCCGAGUUUGUUAUCCCAAUAGCAGGUUUCUUCUGUAAACUCUGUUCUAAAUUCUACAAUAAGGAGAAAACUGCCAAGGAUGUCCACUGUGCAACCUCGUUCCACAUCGCUAAAGCUAAGCAAUACUAUGCCAGCAGAUCUCAAUCAACCGGCACAAGUAUUAAAGCUAGUCUAGGCAAAGUGAACGAGACGAAACAACCCUCGGGCGCUGUGAAGGAGACUCAAACACUGGGUGCUUCAGUGGUGAAGAGAACUCCGAAGACUCUGUCUGCAGCCGCACCGACUUUGAAACCUGCUCCAACUGGAACAAACAUCCUGAUGAGAAGCAAGUCUCCAGGAAUGUGUGCUUCUUUCAAAGAAUCCAGCGAAGGAAAGUCUGUUGAUGGCCUUCCUCUUAGAAAAGUUCCGAGUGUUGAGAACCAACCCUUGACCAUCCCAUCUCGUGUGUCCGUAAGGCUAUCAGGACGAAGGACAAGAUCAUCCACAACCCAGAUUGGAUCCCUGAUAACUGUAAGAGAAACACCUGAUGUCACGAAUAUCCCAGCAUCAGGAGAUUCUGACAUGGAAACUGCCACGGCUACAACGAUCCAGAAAAGUUCAGCUAAACCUGGAGAAGAAGUACUACGUGGGAAGACACAGCUCAAGCAUCCGAGUUUUGAGACUGUCAUUCCCAUUGGGAUCAAACCAAACCAAAGAGGAUCAGAGGUAGCUCUUCCAGCGGUGGCCCUGAACCCCAGAACCAUUCAUAAGGAGACAAAAGUGGACAAGAAAGAUUCUGAACAAGCGCAACAAACCAAGAAAGACUCCACACCGAGGAGAGACAACCCUAGAGAUGCUUCAUCUAAGGACAUCCCAUCCAAAGAGCCAGCUCAACAAGUCGCUUUACCUAUUGUGACUACCAAGACGUCCGACUUGAAGAUAACCCUUCCUGUUGCUCCACCUGCAAGAGCUAUGAGAACGCGCUCCAAGAGAAUCACACCUGAAGACAUAACAAGUCUUAAGUCCAAUAAUUCAUCAGUGACAGGAACUUCGACCAGUAUCGGACUCGAAGUAUCAACUAAACCCCUGCCAUCAACGAAUUUAAUCUCUAAGGAGUCCCCGCCCAAAAGCACAGCGCUGAAGAAUGCCACGCCAGUCGCCACGCCCAAGGAUGUAAUGUUGGAAGGCUCCUUACCGAAGGAAGCUCCACUUAAACAAGUCUCAACACUACAAACCAAACCAACUGUUCCUGGAAGAGUGGAACCUAAAGGGACUACACCCAAGGAAGUUCCACCCAAAGACGAGACAUCUCGGGAAGUUGCAACUAAAAAAUCUGUAUCCAGAGAUGCCAUCGCCAACACAAAGCCAGAAUCCUUGCCAAAGGGAGUCAUACCUAUAGAUCUUACAGUCCAGAAAACCCUACCUAGAGAAGCUGCAGCCCAAAAAGCAAGGCCUAAGAACAUCACAUCUACACCCGACAUCAACCUAGCCAAGAAAAUUCCUACCAAGAAACCCGUAGAAAGUACUACUAAAGAAGCUAUAACCAAAGAUGGCAAUUUAGUGAACACUGCUCAAGAAAGAGUAGCUCCAGGAAAAUCAUCAGCAAAGGACAUUGUACCAAAGAAAACCAUGCCAGAGGCUCCACUACCAAAAGCUGGGAUUCCCAAGAAAGAUGCAGGAAAGAUAGAAGCACCGAAAGAAUCCGCAUCUCAAAAGACAAAGGCUGUUGAUUUCCCAAGACCAACAUCUGCUUCAACUCCAAAACGCAUCGCAUCAUCUCCGAGAGAUUCGCCUAGUGCAGCCUCUCCACAGCGUCUUUCCUCAAGUCCUAAACUCAUACCACAAAGUCCUAAACUUGUACCACAAAGUCCUAAACUUGUACAACAAAGUCCCACAGUUGUACCACAAACUCCCAAAGUUGUACCACAAAGUCCCAAAGUUGUACCACAAGGUCCCAAAGUUGUACCACAAAGUCCCAAACUCGUACAACAAAGUCCCAAAGUUGUACAACAAAGUCCCAAAGUUGUACUACAAAGUCCUACAGUUGUACCACAAAGUUCCAAACUUGUACCACAAAGUCCAAAACUCGUACCACAAAGUCCCAUCCUCGUACCACAAAGUCCCAAAGUUGUACCACAAAGUCCCAAAGUUGUACCCCAAAGUCCAAAACUUGCACAACAAAGUCCCAAACUUGUACAACAAAGUCCCAAAGUUGUACUACAAAGUCCCAAACUUGUACAACAAAGUCCUAAACUUGUCCCACAAAGUCCCAAACCCGUACCACAAGGUCCAAAACGUGUACAACAAAGUCCCAAACUUGUACAACAAAGUCCAAAACUCACACCAAAAAGUCCUGAACUCGUACCACAAAGUCCCAAACUCGUACCACAAAGUCCCAAACUCGUACCACAAAGUCCCAAACUUGUACCACAAAGUCCCAAACUUGUAUCACAAAGUCCAAGAAAUCUGCAAGGAGCAGCUGUUUCCGAGAAAGCAAUGUCCAGUAUCACAUCUCCAAGGAGGUCUGUUAGAUCAUCAGCAUCGACUGAAGAGAGUAGCCUGAAAUCUCCACCAAGUGUUUUGAGAAAAACACCCCAGGAUCAAUCACCUAGGAUUUCUUCAUCUGUGGAGGACAAAACUACAACCCCUGAUAAAACCAACAAGAGCAGUGUGAUUAAAGGGACUAUCCAGGUAACUGCCAAUCCAAGAAGUCAAAUUAAAGGGCCUCAGCAGGCAACUGCAAUGACAGUAUUUAAAGCAUCAUCUGCAAGACGAGAAACCGGGGACAUAACAGUUAAACCAAAGCCAAGUUCUUCAAUGAAACCAAGUACGGAUUCCUCUGGCAGAAAGAUGACAGCAAAAGAAGUGUUGAAAACAUCAGUUACUGCAAAACUAAAACCGAUAAAACAGAUCAUCGAUUCCUCGACCCAAAAGCUGAGCUCGGCUCUUCCAGGGUCUUUCAAAACCAACCCAAUCAGCAACCCAAGGAAAGCCAAUGAAUCAGUUUCGCUAAGUGUAAAGAUAAGUUCUCCACCACCCAAAUCUUUAAAUUGUCAUCCUGAAGACUCUAAGGACCAAGAAGAUUUCAUGAAUGUAGAAGAGCUGAUGUCUGGAGAUGUCAUUGUUUUAGAUGAAGAUGGUGACCAGGACAUGAAUGAGAGCUUCGAGGAUGAAGACAUCUCUCCUGACGAUAAAGACCCUGAUAUUGAAGACAUCUUCGCUGAUACCUUCGGAAACGUAGAUGGCAUUUUUGUCUCGGAAGAUGAGAUUCUAAGCGGGGAGUGGAUCGUAGAGGAUACAGAAGGAGAAGUAGAGGACCCAGAAAUGAGCUUCAAAGAAUCAAGGCUUAGGGAACCACACUCCAAGGAGGCCAGAGAUUCCAAGGUGGAGGAGCAAGAGUUUAGGGAACUGGACUUUUGGGAACCAAACUCCAAAGAAGAAGACUCCAGAGGUUCAAACUUGGAUGAACCAGAAUUUGAGGAACUGGACUUUUGGGAACCAAACUCCAGCGGACAAGAAUCCAGAGAUUCAACAGUUGAGGAACCAGAGUUUGAGAAAAUGGACUUUGGGGAACCAAACUCUAAGGAUCAAGAGUGUAGAGAUUCAAACGCGAAGGAAACAGAGUUUGAGGAACUGGACUCUUGGGAACCAAACUCCAAGGAACAAGAGUUGAGAGGUUCAAACGUUGAGGAACCAGAGUUUGAGAAAAUGGACUAUGGGGAACCAAACCUUAAAGAUCAAGAAAUUAGAGAUUCAAACGUGACGGAAACAGAGUUUGAAGAACUGGACUCUUGGGAGCCAAACUCCAGCGAACAAGAGGCCAGAGACUCGAACGUCGAGGAACCCGAAUUUGAGGAUUUUGGGGAGCCAGACUUCAGCAAUAUGAUGUCUAUAGAUGAGGUGGUUGGGUCGGAUGAUGAGGAGGCCAUUAAUGAGGAGGUAAGAGACGGUCACAUAGACAAAAUAGAAGAAUGGGAGGUCCUGUCAGAGACCGAGGGAGACUGAGUUAUAAUAAGAAGAAGAAGAAGAAUAGUGAGUUAAUAUAUAGCGCGUUUCACAAUAACCAUUUCAAUGCGCAUUACGUAAGUGCCCUGCCGUCAAUUUCACAAAACUUUUCUUUCCUAACUUUAGACUAAUCUUAGGACUUUAGGACGAGUCC